AUGGUUGAUACAUCUGCGAAGACAAGAAUGGGCGUUGAUGACGCUUUUUAUACUCUAGUACGCGAAAUUAGAAGGCACCGGGAGCGGAAUCGUGAUGCACCGAGAAAGAAGAAAAAGUGCUCAAUUCUGUGA